ACUUUUUACGAAAGGUUGAAGCACUGGGUAGAUAUUUUGGAUCCCUUUGUCAUAUUUACACCUGAGGCGGACAUUAAUGCAUCGAGAGAUCUUUUACUGAAUAGUGGAGAAAAUGCAAUGUCUUCACAAGAUAAAAAGGUUUUGUGUUUAUUUCUGCUUCAUUGGCUGCAGUUGCUUCCUUACCAUACGGAACAUUUUUGUCAUCUUUUGCCCGGCAGUUUGUUUUCCAUGCGUAUAUUGGUGGAUUCAGUUUUGCAAACAGGAAUUCCAUAAAAAUGCCAAUAGAGAAUGGUGAGAAAAUUGAAUUUCCAUGGAAACAAGCAUUUCUCUCUGGUGGGAGCAUCCCAGGUUUGGCCUUGUUAGGAUCUCUCCCACAUUAUGUUAUAGAGCGUAAAAGCUCACUAAAUACUCCAGGACAUUUCUUCAGCAAGUUCAUGGCAAGUGCUUUUUUUGGUGUUCUCUGUGCAUGCAAUGUGUUCGCAGUCAGGAACUUGGAACGCGAGAAAGGGAUUAAGGUCAUGGGUAGCACGGGUGAAGUUAUUGGAAUGUCUCAAGUGGCAGGGAAAAAA